CUUUUUCUCACCAGCCUUUCAUAGCCGUGGUGGCCGCUCCUUCCUCCCGGCUGGAGGAGGUAACGGGAGCCGUUCUGUCCGUCACUCUCAGUUGAGAAAUGUUAGGAGCCGGCCGCGAGCGACAGAGCCGGGAAGUAAUGAGCACGGAAGCAGAACCUGAAGAGCAAGUUCUGGUACACAAAGAGUUCACUUACAUUAACGGCGCAGUUACCCAGGUCUUAAAGUGUGGUCCUUGGAAAGAUCUCUGGAAAAAUGAACGUGCUCCCAAAGUUUUGUUUCUAGUUAUUCCAGGUAAUCCAGGAAUCGUUGGCUACUAUCAAACAUUCAUUCAAACUUUGUACUUUGGUCUGAAUCAGAAGUAUCCAGUUUGGGUUGUAAGUCAUGCUGGACAUUGUAAACUCCCCAGUGGCAUGGAAAUGGCAGAAGGGAAGGAUGUUCCAGAUGAUGUCUUUGGACUUCGUGGGCAAAUACAACAUAAGCUGAGCUUCCUCAAAAAAAAUGUGCCAAAAGAUGUGAAGCUUGUGCUUAUUGGCCAUUCCGUUGGUUGCUAUAUUAUCCUUGAAAUUAUGAAGUACGCACCAGGACUGGAGGUCCUCCGCAGUGUGCUGCUGUUCCCCACAAUAGAGCACAUCGCUCAGUCCCCAAAUGGCAAGAUGAUGACACCAUUGCUCUGCCAGCUUCGUUAUGUUCUAUAUGUGCCUGUAUAUCUGAUGACAUUUCUCCCAGCAAGAGUUAAAAACUACCUUGUGCACUUAGCACUACGAGGACAUAAGCACGUCGAUGAAACUGUUCUAAUAACUGCAGUAGAUAUGAUUAACAUGGAUUGUAUCGCAAAUGUUAUGUAUCUAGGAAGUGAAGAGAUGAGGAUGAUCACAGAGAGAAACAGUGCUAUUAUAAGACAGCAUUUGAAGAAGCUGACUUUUUACUAUGGAACUGGAGACAGAUGGUGUCCUGUACAGUUCUAUGAAGAAAUGAAGAUGGAGUUUCCAGAUGGAGAUAUCCGGCUAUGUGAGAAAGGAAUCCCACAUGCUUUUGUCUCUACAUUUCCCAAAGAGGUGGCUGAAAUGGUCAUAGACUGGGUACAGGAUGAUUUAGCCAGGCUGCAAAUGGAGACGGAACAUCUGGCAGAGUCCAGGGUGCAGAAUGUUUAACUAUUUUGUGGGUGUGUCAUUUCACAUGAAAAGGCUUGCUCCUGAUUUUGCCUGUGCGUUGUGGCUGGUUUACUCUGGAGGAUGUAGUAUAAAUUUGUGGCCCAAAGUGUAGUUCCAUUGGCAAGAGUCUUACUGACAACGUAAACAUCAUAACCCAAGCUCAGGAGUUGAGUAUGGGUUGAUUAUAGCCUGCCUUUGAACUGUAGGUUCUUAUUCGUGGUCUCUGUGACUCGCACAUAUGGAAUAAUAGGUAUUCAGAACAUUCUGGAAUUCAGUAGAGCUUUCUCUCAGGUGACGCAUCCCCUUCCUCCACACAUACUCCAGACAUGGUUUCUGUCUGCACCUUAGUUCCUUUCUUUCCACUAUGGCAAAAGCAGUACUUUGGCGCAUUCUCUGCCUUAUAGCAACAAUAAUAAUAUUGCUUAUGCAGUCUUCCUCUACUUUUUCCUCUCUUUCCCUUUGAGGCACUCAAUAGUUUUUCUUCUAUCUCUCCUCCUUUUUUUUUCCUUUUCCCCAAGAAGGCCUACAAAGCCUACAAGGCCUUCUUCAGAAAGUGUUCUCACUGUAGUAAAAAGUUCCUGUCAUUGGACAGAUCUUCAGAGGGAACAACUCUGUAAAGGCCAUUGCAAGGCCUUUACUUAACAGGCAAGGAAGAAUAGAUUGGCGCCCUUCAUGCUAUCCUUUGGGAGCAAACCUUAAAAGUGGCAGAUUAGGCUGUACAAAAGUGACCCUUAUGUACCACUUCAUCCUCUAUCUACACAGGACUGCCUCCCUCCUCCCCCAAACUUAUGGAGGACACAGCCACCCAGCUUGUUCUUUGAGGUGUCUGAUACCUACUCCUUUAGUUGUCUCCUUGGACCAGCGGCACAAUUCCUUUGGUGCCCACACUACUGAGUUAAUACCAAGCAAGUAAAAUAGACUGAAUUCUGCCCCAAGCACCCUGCAAUGGUUAGUUCCCCAGGACCAAAAAUGAAACACAUACAGUCAUUCCAUUGAAUUGAUUCCAGCACCAAGUAAGAACCAGGCUUAGCUCCAGCUCAGUUGGCUAGACCUUUGACACCACAACUGCUUCCCCACCUGCUGAUUCCAGCAUUAGGAAAAAUUAGAGUCUGAAAAGGGUGGAAUUCUCAGGAUGAUUUCUGAUGCCUUGGAUCCAUUUUAGGGGAUGGAUCUUUUCAUCAUUUUUCUCCCAAGCCAUAUUACUGUUCACACAAAUCUCUAGAAGCACCAGUGAACUUCUCUGGUGUCAUUAACUUCUUCAGGUGUUUUCUUAAGAUCCUGCUUUGAUCUCCCUGGAGAUGCCUCUUCAUACUAUCCACACUACUAUUAUUACAAUUACUAUUCCCCUUCUUGGAACCACUAUACUACUAUGAAGACCCCAACUACCAAAUUUACUAACACCAACAGUCCUCUCCUUGCCACUCAAGCUCAAGGCCUCCUAGGAGGAGGGGCAAAAACCUCUUGAGGUCGGCCAUUCUGCAGAGCCCAGUCCAGUAAGCCCAAUCAGUCUACAUCUCCAUUUAUGACAGCACUUCUGGACAAUUUCUUCCUUAAUGUUGUCCCUUAAAAUGUUCCAGAUUAAGUGCUUGCUAGAUAGUCGCCAUUGAUCAUUCAAUUUACACAGCCUCUCCAAACUCCCUCCUCUGCCCAACCAUCAGCAUCCUCUCCAGAUGCCGCUCUGGUGGACCAAGACACUUCACCUCCUUCAGAUGACAUUAAGCUUCCCACAGAGCAAAUUCAGAGGAUUACCAACCCUUCAGUCUAGAGAUCAGACUGUCUCUGACCUGGUCUUUAGCAGGGUUCAAGCUGACAUGGAACUGCUGGUCUCAUUCUCUAGAUGAUUAAAUAGCCAUGGGCAAAGCCAUUCUCUAUACCCCCAACGUAAGAUCGAGGAUUUUUAUAAGGUUCAGUAGAGAGGCUGUUCCCUCCUGUUCAAAUACCCAGUACCAAACUGGAAUAUUGUGGAAGCUUCAUAAUUGAAAUCCGUCUUAUUCCUCCCUCACAGAGGGUAGGAGAUGCAACUGCAUCAGUAGGAAACACAACAGCAUCAGUUGAAGAAUCUCUUCUACAACUGCCCUGUCCUUACAGAUGGCAAACUACCAAGCCUGCAUGGUGACAUAUCAGCAAUUUCUAUGAGAUGGGGUAGCCCCUCUCUUCGAUGAACUACCUGCGAUUUUAGAAAACUCACCACAAUCUGUCAAACAGAGGCACACCAGCUGGCAAGUCAGCAAAGCAAUACCACGUGACAGAGGAUGGACUGCCAGUCUGAAUCAAUGGCAGCAACUAUUUCAGUGUGAAGACACACAGGAGUUCUAACCCUGGAUUAUAUCCAGAAACAAGAUUAGGCUUGUAGGAUCUCUCAUUCAGCUAUUAAUGUCUUCCAAAUGACACAAUGCUGUUCAAGCAAUGAGAAUGAAAGUUGCCCCUCAUUCCACAGAGAUUCCAACAGGAUGGUCCCAACUGUACUUGGACCACCAUGGCCUCCAUGUCAACAGCACAAUUCAGUUCCAAAUAGAGCACCUAGAAACAACCCUUACCUCUCGAUUUAUUCUAAACAUCGUUUCCAGCCUACCUUCCACCAAUCCAGUCAUGGCAAAACCACCAAUCAGAACCAGCAGUGUCUUUGACUACCACAAUGGAGUCCUUUACAGGACCCUAUCACCCAGUAAACUAACACAUUGUCUCCACACAUGACACCACAUAACUUGAGACACAUGGGAAUUUUCCGUGAUUGCUCAUGGGUGUUGCAUCGUUCAAUGAAUUUGCCCCCUACAACACCUCUCAGGGAAGAACUCUUUAUCCUUCUUGCCCGAGAUGCAGUUGAAAGCAUCCCCCUGACUCCAGAGCCAUCUUAACACAUGGACCUGAGGGGCACUUGCCCGUGGGCCCCAUAGUAAUCUGUGUAUGUUAACCUUUGGAAAAUUGGAAAACUUCUAAAAUUAACAGUAGGGGCCCCAGUAAACACUGCUUUGCCCAGGGCCCAUAAUGCUGUUAAGACAGCCCUGCCUGGCUCAAAAGACAUCUGGGUGGUUCUCAAGGUACAUUACAGUCCUCAAAAAGGAUAGAGGCCUUCACCCUAUACUGCAUCUUUGCAGCAUCAACAGCAUGAUACAGUUCCCCAAAAUUCAAAAUGAUGACAAUCUUAGCCAUAGUCAUCACCACAGAGAUGACUUUGCGGCAAUAAACCUAUCAGAUGCAUGUUUCCAUAUACCUGUACACCCCUCCUCCCACUCCUCAUUCUUGUGCUCUUCCAAAUCCCAUUAGGCCUUGCUACUACACUGAGAAUCUUUUCAACAUGAAUGAGGGUUAUUGUAGCACAGAUGAGACUGACAGGAAUCACAGUUUUUCCUCAAUAACUAGCUCUUUAUCACUGUCUCUCAGCCACAACUUUCAAUGAGCAUUUCAAUUGUCCUCAUCUUCUAAUCUCUCUAGGCCUACAAAUCAUUGUAGAGAAACCUCACUUGCAACCCGCAGUUUAUUGUGGUGCUUUUGGACUCCCCGGAGACCAAAUAGAGGCUACCUGCUCCCAGAGAACCAACCUUUCCUGUAUCCAGUUGUGCAAGGCCAACACCUUCUAGGACUUAGUCCUUCCUCCAUUUCCACUAAACAUGAAGGUGGUGAACAAGAUGUAGAACAGGUCACAUUGUGCAUUGAUCACCCCAUGGUGGCCCUGGCAACUUCAGUUUGCUCCCCUCCUCUCCAGCCACACCUACUCUUCUCCCAGGCAGACUUGACCUCAUCUCAGUGAACAACAGACAUUUUUUUCCAUGCCAUCCCGAGACGUUUGUAGUGGACGGGUUAGAAAAGCUUUUAAUUAAUAAAUAAAUAGAAAUAGAAAGGGUCAUGCAAUUUCCUCUCAGUACUCAGCCAAAUGGGUCAGGUCUACCAUUCAUCUGGCUUGCCAACUGGCUCAUCUGCCACCUGCUCUCCAAGAAAAAGGUCACCGUACAAGGGAAUAGCCUCUUGAAUCAUAUUCAUCAGAGCAAGGCCAAUACCACAUCUCUGUGCUGCAGCCACUUAGGCGCAAUCAUCCACUUAUAUUAAUCAUUACUGCUUGCACGUCAGAGCUAGAGAGAAGCUUCUUUCAGCUGAACUGUUCUGUCCCUGAUCCUUGCAUGACAUCUCCUUUCACUGGUAAGGUCUUAGGUUUAUAGACACCCACUUGUGUGAGUCACAGAGAACACAAAGAGGACAGGCUGUUUACCUGAAACUGUGGUUCUUCAAGUGGUCAUGUGUGCCUUAUAUAAUCCACCUUCCUCACCAUUUUCUGCCUCAUGAGUCUUUUCCUCUGCUGUAGUAGACAUGGAACUGAGAUACAGGUGGGAACCACACCUGAGCAUGCUCAGGGAGAGGGGGCAAGACUCCUGCAAAAAAAAGCUGCUGAGUUCUAGAAUGUUUCAAACAGUGUUCCGCACAGGUCCAUUGACCCACACCUGUGAGCACACAGAUGAGCACUUAAAAGAACUACAGUUACAGGUAAGCUAUUGUAUUACAGGUUGUUGCAUUGUCUGAAGCCAGCAAAGAUAACAAAUCAACCCACAGUUCAAAAUCCAACAAUGCUCUUCAAGGCUUGUUAAUGCAGCUGGCUUCAGACAACACAGUAACUCACAUUUCAGCAACAAAGAGCAUUCAACCCACAUUCAACUCAUGAGUGUGGGUUAUAGUGUUGUCUGAAUGCCCGAGGUAUGUGAAGGGCCUUCCUAUAAAACACCCUUUAGGAAUCGGAAGCCAGUGUGGUGUAAUGGCUCACGGCAUGAGCCUGGGUCUCAGGCGACCAGGGUUCUAGUCGCCACACAGCCGUGGAGCCAACUGGGUGACCUUGGGCCAGCCAGAUGCUCAGCCCAACCUACCUCACAGUACUGUUGAGAGCAAGGGGAGGAGAAUGAUGUAAGCCUCUGUGAGUUCUUUAAAAAGGGGUAUAAAUCCAAUAAAUAAAAAAGAUUGUGGAAAUAGAUUCUGGCUAAGAUGAGGAAGAGGGAUUAGAAUGCACACUCACUAUUCCCACACUGUGGGAAAGUUUAGUAAGCAUGCAAAUGUGGAGCAGGGGGACUUGGACAAAGGACCUAACAUCCUUAAUCCAAGGUUCAGCUUCAGGUUAACAGGGCAGACCAGUUGAUAAGCACCAGACAUUCCAAGCAAUUGGUCCAUAAGUGGGACUGUCCACCUUGAAGGUAUAGUCUGCUCUUUUCUGUUUGGAAGGAAGAGGAAGCAAUCAGUUUGGGAUCAGCUUGCUGUCUGUCAGCCCUAUUUCCCUAAUGGCCACUUGUCUAACUUUGCUUAUUUUUGUGUUACUGAUUUCUCCAAAACUGGAUACUUUCGUACUGCAAAGCCAGCCUAGGUAGUCAGCUUCAGCAUAAUAAAGCCUUUUAAUUAGAAAGACUUUGUCCUGAUCUUCUUGGAAGGAGGGGGAGAAGAACAGCUGGGAUCGUGUGACUCCUGGUGCCCUGGUCUGGAUUUUGUCAAGUGCAAAACUGGACUUAGUAGGUGUAAGGUACCGAUGGUGUGAACGCAGCAGUAUCCCAUUGGUAGAAGACAAGUUGACACCUGCAUAGUGUAAUGUGGAUUUUUCAAGCUCGAGGGAUUUUAUGACCAACUCAGCCCCACAAACAGCCCCCUCGUAUUCCUACAUGGAGAGGGAGUGCUUGUGUUCACUGGCAAGUCACUGGACAUGAGGAGUUAGCCAGGGCUGUCCCAUUCAUAUGUGAACCAGCUCCAGCUUCAGAGCAUAACCAAGGGGCAGCAAAGCUUAGAGCAGAUCAUGUGCUAAUGGCAGUUAUCAGCAGGCAGCACUAAGCGCUCGAUUGCCUCAUAACCUCCUGUUUUUAAAGUCAGUAAGAUUAAUUUUUGUACAAAUACUUUAUUGAAAAUUUUGUUAUAUGAAAUAAAAAGGGACAAAGGGGGUAAUACUUGAAACGGUUCCAACUGACCAUAAAGCAUAAAAGAGACAGGUGCUUUAAAAAGAAAUUUAUCACCCAUUUCCUCCAUCUCUUUCCUAGCAAAACCAUCUUUUACUUUUCAUAAAGCAAGAGAAAGAAAAAGACUUGGAAGAGACAAUACCUUUAAGCUGAAAUGAUGAACUGUUUAAUCUGCACUUAUUUUCUGAACACCACUAAAACCCCAUCUCUCACAGGCAAACCUGUUUCUGGACUGUACAGCCUGAGGCUGCAGUGCCCCCGCAUGUUUGAUUAAAUGCUGCCCCAGGCAGAAGCGUGCCUUGCACAUACAAAUCUAGACUUUGGAGAGAAGGCCCUAGCCCAGCUUUUUCCUUGACAUGCUGGUUUCCAAAUGCUGGGUGGGGUUCUAUUUUUUUUAACAGAACAUGCAGUUGUGUGAGCCUUUCCCUUUGAGGGGCGCUGCUCAGAGACAAGCUUGCCACCUCUGCCAAUUUGGCAUAAGAUUAAGAGAUAUUUAGGGGUUCUCCAACAGAUCCAUAAGGCUGAAAUACCGCUUCCUCAGAGCAGCCUGUGGUUUACCAUGAGUAUCUUAUUAACCCUAGAAUAAUCCUAUACCUUCCAAAUCACCCCAGUCUGAAAUCCUCACUUUGUUGACUUAAAUAAGUACCUGAUACCCCACAUUUAUCUCUGGAAUGCAACGGUUUUGCUGUAUAGGAAGGUCAGUGGUUAUUUGCUUAAAUUCAGAACUCUAGCAGCAAUCUGUGUAUGCUAUUUCAAAAUACACUUUUCUGAGGACAAUCUUUUAUGUUGCUAUAAUAUUCAUCUUAUUGCAGUGUUUGUAAUGACACAAGAGAACCAUUUGGAGAGCAGAAAUACCCAAAAAGUGAAGGCUGUCCCAAGCAGGAUCAGCACAGAGUUCCUUAAGAGUGGUACUUUCCAUUGACAACGCGGGUGGGAGUGCCGUCUUCUUGGGAGACCAAACACAUAUAAGUGGGGUGCGUUUUUUUGUCGAUCUGUUUUUUAAAUGAUGGGGGCUUCUGGAAGGCUGCAUGUGGGGGCCUUCCGCAAAACUGCCCCCUGCUCUGCUUCCUCCCCACUCUGAAAAGGCCCCAUGGCAUAGCUGCACUUCCCCAGGACUUGAAGUAGCAGCAUUGUUGCUUCCUGCUUUACAGCGAUAGAAAAGGCAGCCAGGGCAACCAGAAUGGGAGACUGCUUGUCCCGUUGUACCACUUACAGUGAAACGUUCGCCUCGGAACAUAAUCAUGGGCAGUAGUGGAGCAGAGCCAAGUGGACCUUCUCUGUCUUAAAUCUCCUGAUCUUCUCCUGAAUAAUAUGUAAAUAUUAUUGCUUCGUUAAUUAAGAAUGUUACUUGUCCAUUACAGAGAAAUCUCAGUGUUAGAACAUUAGCUGAUUCAUGUGUUGUUUUAAUUGUUAAGGUGUUUUAAGGGUUUUUUUUAAUUUAUGUAGGGAUGGAUACUUAUGUAGCUGAUUGACACAUCGUGCUUUUCAGUGUCUCCUCAUUAGACACUGGGGUUACUCAACCUUUUACAAACACGUCCCUGGAAUUUCACUGUGUGUCGGAUCUGAUCUAUUUGGGUGUUCAUUGUUAAUUUGUCUACUAACAGUACCAAAAAAGAAAGGAAAAUCUACCCUUUAAAUGUUCAACAGUUAGUUGAAAACAGGCUUCCUGCACAGAGUUGUCUUAGCUAAACAAUGUGAUUAAUGCCUCUUUGUGGGAGGGGGGCAUUCCCUGUUGCUUAAGUAGUAGGAAACAGAAUUAAAGAAGCCUUCCCUUGAACCAAGAGCUCUGUCUUAACCGUAGGCCUGUUUCGAAUGUACCAUUUGCUAAACUGAUGAAGUGAUGAAGAAGGUGGCAGUGUUACAACUCCAGAUGUGUCUGGAUGAAACUGAUUGUCUGGACUUAUUUCAGUUGGGCUUUUGGCCAGGAUAUGAGACCUUGUUGCCUUGGUGGAUGAUGUAGGAAGUGGGGAAGUGAACAUGAGGCCUAUUUGUUCACUUAGACCACUCAGCAACUUUUGAGACCAUCUGCUAUGGUUUUGCAAAGGUUCUUUCUAUCAAGCUAUAUCCAAGAUAUGGUGCUGAGGAAUUAUGGUUCAACUUCUAGGCCAUUGGCUUGAGGUGUCACAUGGGGAUCUGUAUUGUACCCCAUGUUGUUUAAUAUCUACAUGAAAUUCCUGGGACAGGUUGCUUAGAAGGGGUGUGCUCUUGACUUUACUGAUGGAUCUGGUCUCAAGCUUAGUGUUGAAGGCCUCUGGGAUUAUUGUUCUAUGGAUCUCAGCUUCCAUGCUGAGGCCAUCAAAACCAGGGCGGCUCAUUGCUUCAUAUGACUAAGACGUUCUGCCAAGCAUGUGGCCGUUCCAAUAUGGUCUUGGCCUAAUGCACGUAGGAGGAGACACCCUUGAUGUGUUUUUCUCAAGUGGACAGGAGGAUGGUGAUCUGAAAGUGGGGGCAUUAACAUCUUCUUGUCAUGGUCGUGUCGCUUCUUAUUGAGGCCUCUACUCACAUCAGCCUUUCCCCACUGCAGAAGUCAGGGAACAUGAAGAUAGUCCGCCAGCUGAGACCAAAGGGCUCCAGAGGGCUCCGGGGGCUGGUGCUCCUGCUGAAGCCUUGGUCUGUGGGAGGUGGAGAUGCCUUCUGCACUCCCAAACACCCACUCCCUCCAGCCAUAGCCUUGGCAGCUCUUUGGUCUACACCUGAGCUGAGGGCAGUAACAUCAGAACAAAAAGGACUGAAAUACAGGUGGAGGAAGACACAGCUAAGUCUGACUAAUCACGAUUAGAUCUCAUUAUGCUGCCUACUCUGUGGCAGCAAAGGUAACCAAGAAAACAUUCACCGCCGUUGGACCUUCCAUCAAUUGCCCAGCCGAGCUUUGCUGAAUGGUUCACGGCCUGCUUCAGCCUGAGCCAGAGACGGGGUGGGUGGUAAUCUCAGGAGCACGCUGUGACAAAUUUGCAUAACACUUUGAAGUUAGAGUCCCUUGCCUUCAUCUCGGCUUGGUCCCCACCGUCCAUGCAGUUUCAUUAGCCGAGGCGUUCGGAGUGCUGCCUGAUGUAGUUGUAUCGGGUGGGUUUGGGUCACUGAGAUCUAAAGAGGGGGUACGUGGCCAAGUCUGUUCAACACUCUGUGUGCUUGACUCCUGCUCUCUACUGCUUCUUACUUCUAACAGGAGGGAUGUCUGGCAGGGUCCAGGAGGUUGUAAACAACUUCUUGGCGCAGGGAAUAGUGCCAGCCAAUUCACAGGAGGCAAUUCUUAGGCAUGCCUUGAAAAGGCCUGGCUUGAAGCCAGAAGACAGGAACAACUGUAGAAUCAAAUUGCCAAUUCAGAGUGCAAAUACUAACUUUCAGCACCCUGAACAGCUUGGGGCCAGGUUACCUGAAGUAUUGCUCCUUGCUUUUAUUUCUGCCCAGAUUGUAAGACUGCCCUCAGAGGCUCACCUGAGGAUGCCCUUGCCAAAUGAUAUGAAGCAGGCAGCUCCUAAGGACAGGGACUUUUAGUGGUGGCACCUCAGCUGUGGAAAGACCUCCCCAGAGAGGUUUGCCUGGUGCCUUCAUCUUUUCUCUACAGGUGAAGACCUUUCCAUUUUCCCAGGUUUUUGAGCCAUUCAUGUUUAAGAUGUUGUGUCCAUGCAGUUUUAGAUCUUUGCACUGCUGCUGGCUUUUAUCUUGGUUACUGCUUUUAACACAAAGUGUUGUUGUUUUAAGAUAUGACUGUGUUUUGUGAUAUUAAGUUUUGUCUUGUAAAUCACCUACAGAUUUUGACUAAGGGUGGUAUAGAAUUGUAAUAAACUAAUGAACAAAUAAAUACCUUUUCAGUUUUGAAAAUGUAUAGUUUUCUAUGUUUUGAUGUUUUACUGUUUUUACUAUACUUAUUUUAUUAUUUUAAAUUCUUGUACACUGCCUUGAAGGCUUUAUUGUAGAUAGGGUAAGUUGUUGUUAUUAUUUUAAUAAUAAUAAUAAAUAUUUAUAAUAAU